CCUCUUCGAGAGGCGCACGCCGCGCCACGGCGAGCCACUCCACUCCGACUCGGCACCGGCGACAUGCUCCCGCUCCUCUCUCCUCCGCGCCCUCGUGCCGCGCGACCCCGCGCCAGCGCCACCGUCUCCGCCACCGCCAGGCCGGCCGUCAUCCUCCCAGGGCUCGGGAACAACACGGGCGACUACGCGCGGCUCGCCGCGGCGCUGCGGGACGACCACGGCCUCCCCGCGGCCGUCGUGGCGCGGGUCACCCGCCCCGACUGGCUCCGCAACGCCGCGGGCCUCGCCGACGCCAGCUACUGGCGGGGCACCCUCCGCCCGCGCCCCGUGCUCGACUGGUACCUGAAGAGGGUGGACGACGCGGUGUCCGAGGCGAGGGAGCUAUGCGCGCCAGGAGGGAAGAUAUCACUGAUAGGGCAUUCAGCUGGGGGCUGGCUCGCGCGCGUGUACAUGGCAGAGUUUGAUGCUUCCGACAUAAGUCUACUCCUCACCCUUGGCACUCCUCACCUGCCUCCUCCAAAGGGUGUACCUGGGGUAAUUGAUCAGACUAGAGGACUACUGAACUACGUCGAGGAGAAUUGUGCUCCAGCAGUUUAUACACCAGAAUUAAGAUACGUGUGCAUUGCUGGAAGGUACAUUCAAGGUGCUCCUCUUCUGGGGAACUCUGCAGCUGCUUCUGAUGAGAUCCUCGCAGCUGACACUCCUUCAGAAGGAGGCCAUGCUGUUAUUGUCAGUAGCAGUGACAAUUCUACAUCUACUCCAUCAGCUGUCUCGUGGCGAGCCCGGUUCGUUGGGCAAGGUUACAAGCAGGUUUGUGGGCGAGCAGAUGUGUGGGGCGACGGCGUUGUUCCUGAGAUGGCAGCGCAUCUGGAGGGAGCGCUGAACGUAAGCUUUGACGGUGUGUACCACUCUCCGGUAGGUUCCGAUGAUGAACAAAGGCCCUGGUAUGGCUCUCCGGCGAUCCUCAAGCAGUGGGUGCAUCACCUUCUCAGCUGAGAUAGUGACAUACAAGAGGAGCUAGCUGCCGGAACAGACAGAAACUGGGAUGUGUCCUGCAGCUGACAUGACACCAUUGGCCACCAAAGGGCAAAGGGGAACUUUUUCUCUGAAAUUGAGGUGCAUGAUAUAGCAUGGCAGAUCCCUGGUUGUGUGUUGUCAGUCUCUGUAGAUAAUUUAAGCAUUUAACCUGAGGUCUUUUUGUCCAAUCUUUUCUCUGCUAUCUC